AUGAAGCUCAAGCAAAGGGCGGAAGCAGCAGAACAACGUCAAGGGGUGGUAAACUCUACCGAGCCCAGUCCACCGUUAAACCAACGGCGACAGGACCUUCAGCGCCGCGAACUGCUGAGGAAUUCUCUUGAAGAGGCUACCUCGAGUAUGUCAGAACUAGUUUCAUACUCACGUAACAACAUCAGCACGACUCGAAGUCGAGACGUUGAGCGUGCCCAAGACAAACAGGCGCCGGACUCCAACAAUGGCCCAGCAACCAUAAAUCAGCUCGACAAAAGCCCCGGUCAUGGUCCUCCAUCACUACAUCAAGGACUCAAUGAGGAAAGGAUAGCAACAAAGGACUUUUCGUCCAAAGUGUCCUCCGUGGAGAAAGCGGACAGACCUCGAUCUUGGUCGCUUCCCGCCUCUCACGAUGCCACCAGUUUCGAAGAGCCCAACCCCGAUGAUUUCUACGGGGAUUCAUCCACCCUCUCCUUCAUGCAAGCUGUCCAAACAACAAUCAUCUCAAACUCGUCUCCGGAUUCCGUGUCGCCAGACUCGAACUAUAGAAGUGGAGCCAAACCACGCCAGACCCGGGCAGUCUCAUUCCGUUUUGGCGUGGAGAAUUGCUUGCCACAACGCUCUCUUGCUGAUGACCUGGUUAACUCCUACUUCCGCUACGUCCAUAUCCUGUACCCCUUCCUGCAUCGACCUUCAUUUGAGGCUCAAUACGAACGCACCUGGGUCUCAGGAGAACAACAAGACGAUCAGUGGUUGGCAAUGCUGAAUGUCAUUUUCGCUCUUGGGAUCCAUUUCGCAUAUGGACAGGAAGACAAAUCUGCAGCGAGUGAUAGGUUCUUCGGUUAUGCGCAGAAGCUCGUCUCAAUGGAGCAGUUUGCCCACGCAAAUCUGCAAACACUGCAACUUCUUCUGCUCAGCGGUCUCUACUAUCAAUCUACCAGUCGCCCGAACCAGACAUGGAACGUGAUAGGGUUAGCGAUAAGGAUUGCCACAACCAUUGGAGCCCACGUUGAUCCAAUGCCGUCACAAUACAAUCCCUUGCAGAUUGAAAUACGGAGAAGAUGCUGGUACGGGUGUAUUGUCCUCGAUUCAGUUUUGGCCCUGAACUUCGGACGUCCCACUGCCAUUCCAAGUACCUUUGGUGUCUCGCUUCCUUCGAACCUCGACGACGAGUAUAUCACGGAAGAAGGAUACCUCGAACAGCCCGAGCACGUUCGACCGAAGAUAACGGUCUUUAUCAAAUCAGUGGCUUUCUGCUCCAUCAUGAAGGACGUAUUAUACACUCUCUAUUCGCCCCUCAACGGUUCUGGUCACCAGCAUAGUGGCAAGGCUUCUGCGCCUCCUGAAUUCAAGGACGCGGUCAGCCUGGACAAGAGCCUGGUUGAGUGGUUUCGAGGCCUUCCAGAGUACUUGAAAGUAGGGGCUUUGGACGAGAUGGAGGAAUUUCGGAGAACCAGAAAUAUCCUCCUUGCCAGGCAAGCCAACCAGUCGUCUGCUGCCGCGGAGCCGGUUUACCUCGCCCCCCUUGACAACUCCCUUCACGCCAUGUGUGUCACGGUGUGCAAGUCAGCCGCCGUUCAAUUGGUGAAUGUCAUUAGCAACAACUAUUAUCAAGGACUGUCUAGCGCGUGGUGGACGGAUAUGAACUGCAUCGCACAGGAGGAUGUCCUCAUUGAAAUAACACUCCAUGAUCCAGCCGCAUCGGCACGUACUGACCACAUCUCUCUCCUACUAGAUCUAUUCACCGCAGCAACUGUGCUGCUAGCCAUCGAAUACGAAUGCGAAGACCCGGAAGAGAGUGACGCGACCGAAAGUGCUUUUGAACAAUCCCUCAUAAUUCUGGGCGAAAUGCAAGGCCGCUCGUCCAUGGCAUCCUCAUAUGUCACCAUGUUGAAAAAGGCAAAAGAAGCUCAAGAAUCAGCGCAAAUCGCGCCGCUGGCCGCUGCUUCAUCACCCCGAGCACGUUCGAACAAUGCGCCUCCACGGAAUUCUUCGUCGACCUCUGAAAUGGUGUCUGGUGGGAUCAACCUGGAAGAGUUUUUGAAAGAUGACACCAGAGCCGAUGCUCCUUUCCCGUCUUGGAACAUGCAGGACUUUUUCUUGGUUCCUUGGGAUAUGAUGAUGGUUGAUAAUCCUAUGCCUACGUUUCAAUCUUGA